GGCUAUAUUUUCGUCUGUGCGAAGAGACAAAACAUUUUUUGCAUUCGUUUUGUUUUAUUGAUUCAUAAUUAGUAAUUUGGAACUGAUGUGUGUAAAUUGAAUAACAUUAAAGGCGAUGAUAUAAAUUAAUAGGAACCUAUUUUCAAAGUCUCGUUAGUGACUGAGCAGUUCAGAUUGUCAUGAUCAAGCUUUUCGUGAAGUCGAAACAACAUUUUCAACGUAUAUGUUUUCCAUAGCAUAAAGCAGAAAAGGAAAAACUUGAUGAAAUCAUCGUCUCUAUCGUGGGCUCGACUGUUGACUCUCGUUAUCGUCAACAUAGAAUGUCGCAAAGUCCACCCAGUUACAUGGAUGGUGUUCCGGUGAAGAUUUCGGAGCAUUUUAAGCCUCCUCCGAAAAUAACACUUCCGCAAACUGUGAUCAAUAGAUUAGCACAGCUAGAGAGUCGAACGGGUACUGCUUCAAAAUGUUAUUCUAGUUAUGACUUCGUAUUAGAGGACACAGUUCUUAAGCGGAUUGCAGAGUGGCGAGCCGCAAAGGAAAAAGCAUGCUACGAGAGAGACGAAAGAAUAAGAUUAAAGGAUCAGGAACGAAUGCGACUGGUCGAACAAGAGCAGAAGCGUAAGUUGAAUCAGAUUUCCUAUCCCAAUACAGAUGAACUUUCAAGUGCUAGUGAUGAUAACGAGGAUGAAGCAUCGGAGGAAAACGACGAAUCCCCUCCUUCGGGAUCUUCAGAGGAACAAGUUCUGUCAAAUACGAUACCCGUUGAAAUUAGUCGUGGCAUUGGCCAGUAUAGUCACGUAAAUCAGUUCGAUACAAUUUUGAUUCCAACGGUGACGAAUUUCGGCGCUACUGAAAAAGUUGUCAACGCUGGGACGCAACUGAAUUUUAACAUUCCAAAAAGUAACAAUCUGGUAAACAACAACAAUAAUAAUAAUACCGUAUACAACAAAAUCAAUUACUCAGAUUUUGAAAAUGAUACAUCAAGUCCGUUUGAUAACAUGGAACUGAAAACUAUGAAUGAUUUAGACAUUUUAGCUCAAGUUUUAAACUUGAAUGUUUCCAAUUCUUGUUCAGGAGCGAAACCUGAAGAUCCGGGUGAUCCGAAAUCUUUUUCCGUGGACCGUAAAGAAGCAACUACCGAACCUGCUGUUCUAGAACAGGAAACUUCUACAGUAGAUCAACAACAAUUUCACUAUGUCCAGCAAUCGCAAUAUGAGCAACCGAGUUACCCGAUGCAGCCUCAGCAUCAGACGACCUCCUCCAAUGAUUAUUACAGUUCAUUUAAUAGUUACCAAUAUAGCUACGGACAGUAUGCUCCGACUUCAACUACAUCAACAGCUUGUUAUGCACCAAGCGAUAACAGGUUGCUCAGUCAAUACAAUACGGCCACGAGUACUUCCUAUCCGUCACAGUUCCAGCCGUACAACCAAGGUACUAGUUCUAGCGCUACGUACAAUUAUUUUCCGUAUACAAGCUCUGCCGCAAACUCGACGUCGCAAUCUACGUACGGACCAUCAUAUCUCUACAAUAGUGCCUACGGUCAGCAAACUCAGCCGCUGUCCAGUUUAGGCUAUAAUUACUCAACGCAUCCGACAACUACGGCGGCCACGUCGUCAACACUUUACGGUACUGCAGGUGAAAUUACUAGCGACUUGGCAACGGCUCCAAAUGGAGCGAUUCGCUCCAAAUCCAAAAGUGUACCGGAUAUAGUGCGACAGCUGGAUGAAGAGGUGCAGGAUUCUGCUCAGCGGAGAACCAGAAAUAAUAGCCAAUCCAAUGCCGAACAUGAUUCAAAUAGAGGUCGAGAGCAACUAUCUUCCAAUAAAUCACCGGCGGCUACUCCAACAGUCCAGGAUUUUACAAUCUAUAAUCAACUAUCGCUGACUGAUCAAAACCUAGUCAAACGCAUCAGUUCUAUGGGAUUCCCGCUGGAGCGAGUAGCAGCGGUGCUCAAGCGAAUAGGCAGCGACGACAAACAGAUCGUGGAACAUUUAAUACCGCUAGGAGAAUUGCUGGAUCUUGGCUUUGAAGAGGUGAAAAUAUCAGAAGCGUUACUCAAAUUUAGCAACAACAAACAUAAAGCGUUGGAUUACUUGAUAUCGUAGUAUCUGUUCGCAGUACUGCUCCUUCAGGCUGAGAGACAUGUCAUCGGGCUAUAUGCGCAUGAGGGUAUCAUUUUUGUAUUUGUCGAAUUCGUUAAUUAAAUCAAUUAUAGUAGCUAUUUUCAAACAGAAGAAUUUGUUAUAAACUUUAAGCUUCGCUUCUUUGAUACAAUAGACGCAAAUAAAAUUAGUAGCACUCGCAAGCAUAAUUGUGACCGCUGAAUACCAGACCCACAUGACGUGAUCGUGGGGAAGAAGCUUCGAUAACGAUCGAGUGUACUAUAUAUAAGAAAUAUAGAAAUGCAUGCUUGGUUCCAUUGAGGAAGUACUAUUUUUGUAUAUUAUAAUUUAUUUUCAGUUUAUGAUUAAUGAAAUAGUCUAUGGAAAUAAAGUGAACAAUAUAAUUAUCUAUUCAUUCAAA